AUGUUCUGUUUAGUCCACUUGUGCUUCUAUUUGGCUAACUUUGCCUCUUCAAUUAAAAGGACUCACUUUGUUAACGGGUGCUGUGGAUUACAGGCGAUCACGCUCUGGGCACAGUCCUCUGGAAAUGCAGAUGCCUGUGUGGAGGAAAUUGUGGCGGGAGAGGAGUGGCAACUCGCUGCUGUGCUUGGAGCUCAAGGCAUGAGAUUCUGGGUGUGCCUCGCAGCCUGUGGGGCCACAUGGGGCCUUGCUGCCAGACGAGGACGGGCGGAAGACAGCAGCUCCUCUUCAGUGGACACCUCCAAGUUCCCAUGGAGGGGUGGGGAGCAUCGCACCACCAUGAUGCCUUGUCUGCUGAGGGUGGGACUUUUCAGGCCCUGUCAUGUGAGACCCACGGGGGCUCCUUCCUGCGAUUUGCAGCCUCCACAACUCGGCUUCUCCAGAGUGCCAGAUACACAGGUGGUAUUUUAUGGCAGUGGUCACUGGGACCCAACUCCCUUCUCUGUACACAGCUGUUUUUUUAAUUUCCAGGUCAGAAAAAUUAUCCUCCUACUUUGA